UUGGCAACACAGCAGGUUAUCGAACGGUAUAUUACGUUUUACGCUUAGAAUUGUUAAAUAAACAACGUGGAGCAUUCAUAAGAUGUCUUCCAUUCGAUUUUCGCUUAACAUGAGUAUCGAUAGUAAUUGUUGCCUUAUUUUCUAUUCUAUAGUAGUGACUAUAGUCGCCGGUCUUUAUGUACUUUUGGACGUCAAUUACUUUCUCAGAAUUUUGUUUACACUAGGAUGGAGUGCGCUGUUCGAAAAGAGAAAGAAACUCAGUGAUGGGACCCAAAUAUACGGUAUAUGUACGUCUCAAGACAUGGAUAUUUUCUUUAAGCACAUGAACAAUGCAAGGUAUGUUCGAGAACUUGAUUUCGCUAGAUUCCACUUUUAUUACAUAACAGGAAUGUACGCGGAAAUAAAGAAAAAUAAAGGACACGUUUUACAGACUGCAUCGAAUAUAAGAUAUAGGAGAACUAUACCUUGGUUCAAUACAUAUAAAGUUACUACAAAGAUUGUAUAUUGGGACGAGAAAACGAUGUACAUUGAACAACAAUUCGUUACACUACAUGAUGGUUUUAUAAGAGCGGUGGUUUUAAGUAAGCAAACCACAAUUGGUCUUAACGUACCUGAGAUGAUGGCUAAAUUAACAGGUUGCGAUGUUUCACAUAGACCCCAAAUGCCCGAAGAACUCCAAGAUUGGUUAUCUUCUAUGGAGAAGAGCAGUAACAGAUUGAGGAAAAAAGAUUAAUUAUACAUAUAUCUUGUUUUUUUUGUUAUAUGGAAGGGUGUUUUUUAGAAGUUAAUAAAUAUUAGUAAGCGACUGA